CUGAGUUAUAUUUGACUUCCAGGCUUUCUGCUUUGGCUGAAUUGGUGACACAACCUUUCAAAUAUUCUGGAGAAAAAUGAAAGCCUAAAAUGGUGGACCACGUUGUGACUACUCAGCCAGGGUUUGGAAGGACGACCACAACAGUGACCACCAUCACUCAGACAGGCGGAAGCUGGACAACCAACCUGUUCAGCAUCUGUGCCGACAAGAGAGUCUGCCUCCUUGGUGCCCUGUGCCCCCUCUGUCAGGAAAUGAAGCUCUCAUACGAUUACGGAGAGAGUGCACUUCUCCCACUUCUUCCAGGAUCCACAUUUGCACUGCGUGUUGGAAUUAGAGAAAAAUACAAAAUUCGGGGCAAUGCAGUUGAUGACUGGGCAGCCGUCUACUGCUGCUGGCCCUUGGCUUUGUGUCAGAUGGUGAGAGAGCUGAAGUUGAGGAAUCAAGAAUACAUAUACCAUGUAUCAACUGCUUUUGAAUGUUCGUGAUCUUGUUCGCUUUCUUCUUAUUUAUCUUCUUUGAUCCUAAAUAAAAUGAUAUAUUCUGUA